UAUUUAUUCUUCUUCUUUUUUUUUAUAUCAUAGCACACAUUCUUUCAAUAUGAAAACAUUUGUCAGUCCGGGAAAUGCUACUUGUUGUAGUAUACUAUCUAUUUUUGGUAUUAUUUUUCUUGUGAUUCUCGGAUUGGCAUUUGAUGCUAAAGUCGAAGUAUUGACUGAAUUUAUCACUGAUCCAGAUGAUCCAGCUGCUACCGCCAAAGCAUGUUUCUCAGCUGCUAUUGUGUACGCCUGUUUCUUGGCUUUCUGCUCUUGCCAAAGUUUAGUUCAUCGUUACAAUUCCCGUAAUCAAAUUCAACUAUGAACUGGACUCGUUUAAUGAACAAGAUGGAACUUGGUUAUUCUGUUUUUUUUUUUAUUAUUAUUAUUAUUAUUAUAUAUAUUUUUUUACCCGUACCGCCACCUGCACUCACACCUUACAUCACACAUCAACAACAAAACAAAAUAUCGUUACCCAUAUAUACAUAACACACAUACACGUAUCCAUUUUAUCUUGUUAUCUCUUUGAUUACUUUUGUAUACAUUGAUGGUCCCCUUUCUCUUUUAGUUUUGAAUUCUAGUUUAUUAGUAUUUUGUUUGCCACGCAUUAAAAAAAAAAAAAGAUAUCCUUCCUAAUAAACAACAAUGAUGAUUUUGAUUC